AUGCUAUCUCAAAUGCGUAAAGCCGCGGCCUUAGUAGCUUUCAGCUCUGCCGCAAGCGUUCUCGCCUACCCUCAUCUCAACACUCGAGCCAUUCAAGGAUCGACGGAUCUUUGCGGUGAUUACGAUUUUAUCAUCUUGAAUAAUUCUCCUUGGAUUGUUUACAAUAUGUUAUAUAACGCAAACCAGAUUGUAGGAAGUCAAUGUACUUAUUACGAUAAAAUGAUAACAGGAAGUGAUGGAACUGCUGAAGUAAAGUGGAAUAGCGAGACAGAUAUAGCCUAUGUAGAGAGCACAAACAACAUCCCAAAAGGGUAUUCCUUCGUCGGUCUAACCCAAAACCUCGAAACCCCCCUCACAGACAUCGCCUCAAUCCCCACAACCUACAAAUGGACACGCAGCAACAGCACCGCUUUCAAAGGAAACAUCUGUUACGAUUUCAUGACCAACGACAUCAAAGGUGAUUCGACAUCUAGUUCUUCCGAAGAACUGAUGCUCUGGCUUCAAUAUGAAGGCGGUCAGUUACCGAUUGGUUGGGUAGAGGGAAGCGUUGCUACGAUUGAUAAUUUGUUCGGUACAAGCUGGGAUUUGUAUCAGGGUGUUAAUGAGGGGACGGGUAUUAGGGUUAGUAGUCUUUUGCCGAAGAAGCAGUUUGAGGGGAGUUUCGAAGGGGAUUUGAGGGACUGGUUGGUGGCGCUUGUUGGGGAGGGUGUUUUUGGGGAGAGUACUUUCGUUAAUGUCGGGAAUGCUGGAACCGAAUUCUUCUACGGAAAUGCAAUUAUGAACGCUACUCUCGGUCUUCAAAUUAAUCUUGGUACUCCUUCGUAG